CAUAUGACAAUGACGGUACAGCCAGACGUGACGAAAUCCGAUGUUGAUAAACCCUGGCCCUGUCCACGGCUGAAAGUUCACGACUAGGAGACCUCCAAACAAUGCAGGAAUCGCACAAACUGCGUCUGAAGUUCUUGUUGAUUCUAAGGGGGUUGUUCGAGUAACUCGCAAAGGUGUUUUUGCUUAUUUUUUUUAUUUUUUUUUUUAUGCAACUGUAGCAGGGCAAUGUCCAAUUUGAUGUACUUUUCCAAGCGGCACAUGCAAGGCCAGGCAGGCGAUGGGGCAUUAUCAGACGGGUGUGUGGUGGCAGCAGUGGCAUCAGAACGGCCACUGCAUGCCAGUGAUGAUCCUGAGUGGCAGACGCAGAGCUACACCCACCCAGCCUGGGACAAGGAAGAGGAAGAAAGCCGUGACGUCUUUGACCCCCAGGGGGGCGGAGUCAGUGGCCCCCAGCCGGGCAGGACCAUUUCAGACAGCAAGACGCCAUUGUCGCCCAAAUUGGCCAAAGCAGAGAAGUCCAAAGGAAGACCAGUGCAUAGGCUCAGACACAGAAUGAGUAUGACAGACACGCCCUUGGCCAAGCUGCCCAACUGUCUCUUGGAGGUGUGUGUGUUGGUUGGACUAGACCAGGAGACAGGAGUUCAGUAUGCCAGAAAUGCCCAGGUCUCAGAGACGGCAAGCUCCCCGAGCCUCUUUACUUUUCCCCUGGAGCCCCAGAUCCUGGCUGUCAUCAGCAACCAGCUAGCCCACUUCCCAAAUGCCAAGAUCUCCAUCGACCCUUUCUACCCACCCGUGCAGGUCAAAGCAGCACCCAAAGGCUUCCAACGGAACCCACCGCCUCUCAAGCGCAGGACCUCGCGCCGAUUGUCGGUCAAGCCUCGGCCAGCAACAUUUCCACACAAUCAGGAGAUGAUUGCAUCAUUGCCCACCCUUUGCUUUCCCAGUGAAGCAUAUUUACUUCAAAGCAAGCCCCAGGAGUCGUUCCAGUACCUUGUUCUGACCAGUAUUAGCGGAAGUCGUUCCUACGCGACGUGCCUUGUCUUCCACAGACAAUACUUCCUUGUCAUGACCAAGGCCGGUCAGUUUGAGCUGCAUGCCGAAAUGCCCAUCACAGAGGACAAGAAGAAAGCAGUGAAGUGUUUUGUGCCCUCCUGUAUAUGUGCAAUCUCGUCCCAGCCUUACUUCUUAGUCAUGAAGCAGUGCCUAUCAACAUUAAUACCCAGUCUGAGCCAAGAUUACGAAAGGAUGCUGCAGAACCUUAAGGAUUUCACAAUACAGAUGACGAUGGUUCCUACCCCUCCUGCUGGUUCACUGGCCGUGUCGUUCUGCAUGAAAGACAGUUUCAGGCCCAUCACCGUCCACCCGCCAGACAAUCCCGAGAAGCAAGCUGUGGACAUCCCUCUCAACCUUCCCUUUCUGCUCUUCUCCGUGGAGGAUGUGCUCACCAUCGUGACCUGCAUCCUCACUCAGCAGAGACUGGUCUUCAUGUCCCGCGACUAUUCCGUCCUCACACCGAUUGUAGAGUGUUUUUUAUUGUUCAUCUUGCCCUUCAAGUGGCCCUUCGUCUACGUUCCUGUGGUUUCCUCCAGUCUGCUAGACCUCCUAGAGGCACCAGGUUGUUUCAUCAUGGGCUGCAACGUUACCCACCGACAGAGAAUAUCAGAGAAUGGGGUCGAAGGCCUGGUGAUUAUCGACAUUGACAAGGGACAUGUAGAGAUGUGUGAAUCCAUCAAUAUGCCAUCCAUUCCGGAAGCUGGCGUUAUGGCCUUCAGAAGAUUGUACCAUUUGGCCAACUCCAAACAGUACGACAUAGCAUCACUGUCUCGUCCGGCUGCAACGACCCUUGAUGCGGACUUCUCCUUCCGAGAGAGACUCAGGCGACAAUACCAACAGGACAUUCAGCGAUGCUUCACAGAGAUGUACGCCGUGCUCUUUGGGGACAUUUUGGAGUUCAUGAACUUUGACCAGAGACGAUUUAAGGCUGAUGAGUUCAUUGCCUGCCGAGGAGACGACGAAAAGGAAUUCUACUCAGUGUUUUUAAAGACUCAGCUCUUCAAGACAUACAAACUUGACAGGUUGGACAAGAAGAAAGAUUACUAUCUCAACUUAGACAAGCGUGCCCGGUUCUUCUCAUCUGAAUCGUACUCACGGCGGAAGUUCAGCAGUAGUCUGUUAGUGCAAAGUCCCAACGCCAACCGAAAGGUGGAAAACCAGAGAGGGAAUGUCGUCCCCUACACGUACUUUAGCCUGCCAUCAUUCCCGAUACCGCUCGCGUCGCCUCAUCAUUUCUAUGAUAAUUGCAUCGAGCAAAUCAGUCUAUCCAUCAAGACCGUCAAAUCAGCAAGCGUCAAAGCCUCUUACCUCUACCUUCGAGGGAUGUUCCGUAUAGCAUGCUCACGCCCCCUGGAUGGUCUGGAUGACUUCCACCAGCUACAUACCACUGAUCUUUCUAUCUUCCCGGUGGAUGAGAUCACAAAGGUAGUGGAGGACCUGAGCACGUCUGAGAAGGCAGAGCUUGAGGAGCAGGAAUUCUACAAGAGGGGAGAGAUUCUGAAGAAGGUCAGCCAGCGGAAGAGACCCGGUGGCCCCACUAACCCAACCAUACCGGAGGACAUUCCUAUCGAAGGCAUCCUAGGACUGUCUGAAUUCACCCAGCAUGUCCAGAAUCUUGAGAUAGUGAUAGAUGUGGAUGUCAUUGAACGUCUCUUCUCAGCACUGACUGGUGGUAACAUCCAAGGGGGUCUAGACGUGGACUCCUUCGUAGCAUUCGUUGACGCCUGGAAGGAAGGAGAACUGGAAGGCCUAAAGAUCCCCAGCGAGGUGUACUCAGAGCGGCUGGACCUUACAGAGAGCAUCCUCAAGAUCUCCUCCCUCAUCAUGUCCAAGGAGGGCAUGGGAAGACUAAUCUUGUCAGAUAAAAGGCUUUUCUUUCUGACAGAGGGCAGCAACAACUUUGAUGAGGUGAUCCGGAUCCGGGACAUUGAGUGCCUAGAGAAGUUUGAGCAGUCGUAUCGGCUCCUGAGUAGCGCUCCCGCACUCAGGAUAUACAGCAAACGGUCCAACAAAGAGCCGUACAUGGCCAACCUAAAGGGGGAGCGUAACAGCUGGUAUACGCUGAUCACUGAGAUGUGGGCGGGGCGUGCCAUCGCAGACACCCAGAAGGAUCCACACAUCGCCCAGCAGGCAGCCAGGAACAUCUGCCUCCUGGACGCGGCCAUUCGUAGUGCCGAGAACACAGGGGCCUCAUAUGCUAAGCACUUGGAUAUCGUGUCGCAAAUCCUGUGCCAUUUCACUUAUAUGAAGUCACAAGGCCUGGCCAGCAUGGGGCUGGAAACCAGCAAUGCUCUGGUGCACAAGUUCAACCCCUCCAGCAACGAGAGCCAGCGCAGCACGGUGGAAGCCAUGAUCUAUACACCAGGGAACCGGAGCGAUUGUAAUAACGAGGAGGACACCAGUCCCAGGCUGUGGUGUGCUAUGGGGUCAGGAAAGGUCAAAGUUUACAAUGGCAGUAACUUCCUGUUGGAGGCCGAAAUCCCUGAAGCUAAGGACAGAGUGUGUUGCCUGGAGUGUAUUAAAGGGGAACAGGUGUGGGCGGGCUCCUUUGACACCACCAUAUACAUCAUUGAUGUGCACACGUACUCCGCCAACAAGCAGUUGAUGGACCACAACGAUAUCGUCUCUGACAUCACCGUCACAGAGAACCAAAGUGUCGCCUACACAGCCAGCCUGAAUGGUCAGAUCAUUGAAUGGGACACCAUGACUCUGAGCAAAAAGAAUGUCAUACAGCUGCAGAACACUGACAAGCUGGUAUCCAUCAAGUGGGACAACAUCUCCCAGCGACUCUGGUGUUGCACAAAGGAUGACAUUCGACUGAUCCAGAGGAGUGGAGCAGUUCUUCAGAAGUUCGUCUACAGAGAUGAGCAGGGCUUCCCAGUCCUUCUGGAGACAUUCAUCAUCACUCCAAACACAUUGUGGGCAGGUUGCGGAAGGAGAGGAGAGCUGGUUAGCUGGGACAAGACUUCGUUCAAGAAGCAAAAGGUGCUGAAGCUGGAAUGUCGAGGGGUCAGCAAGUUGGUAGCCGUGAAUAAAAGGUUGUGGGCAGCAAGCAAAGAUGGCAAGAUUCACCUCUUUGAUCUUGAAACAGGAAAGUACGAGAAAGCCCUCACAGCUCACGAUGAUGCCAUUCGCUCCAUGACUCACGCUGAGUCUCGCUACGUCCUCACAGGGGCGGGGAGCCGGGAUGGGAAAGUCGCUGUCUGGAGAACUAAUUUUCAGAUAUGACGACAUUAAGUUGAAACACUGCCAGUAUUCCAGUAUUUCCACCACAGUGCACUAAUCUUCCAAAUGGAAGAGAUGAUAACAGUGUGGCCAUCAGUAUGGCCAGAGUUUGAAGAUGUCCUUGUGCGCAGACACAUUGCGAGCAUGUCACAGUUCUUACAUGACUUUGAAAAGGAAACUGAGGACAACAGUAUGGUCAUUGGAAGGACAUUUUUGGAGACACUGCCAACAUUCACUCACGACAAACUGGUCUUCAUAAGGAAUUAAGGACAACAGGAUGGCCAUUAGGACGACAAAUAUCUAGGUGUAAAGAUGGGCAUGAUACCCUACUCUUCUUAAAGGGAAGCAAGGAUGUCAAUGUGGUCAUCCAA